AGCUAACGGGAGACGACAUUUAUCUAUGGCGAUCAAAAUCCUUGUUUAGAAAGAUGGCAGACAAUAAAUUGUACGAUCUUUUAGGAGUAUCGAGAUCAGCUUCGGAUAACGAGAUAAAAAAGCAAUACAGGAAAUUGGCGAAAGAAUUCCACCCGGACAAGAACCCGCAGGCCGGCGACAAAUUCAAGGAAAUCAGCUAUGCGUACGAAGUGCUCUCCGAUCCGAAGAAAAGGUCGCUGUACGACAAGGUGGGCCUCAAGGGCAUGCAGGAGGGCGCCCAAGAGGGCGGCGACGACUUUUUCUCACACUUGUUCGGCGGCGGUUGGUCCGGGAUGGGACCGCACAGGAAACACAGGGGCGAGGACACUGUCCACCCUUUGAAGGUAACCCUGGAGGAUCUGUACAAUGGCAAGACCUCGAAGCUCCAACUCAGCAAAAACGUCAUCUGCGUCACUUGCGGCGGAAAGGGUACCAAAAACGGACAACCCACCGAGAAGUGUCACUCGUGUAAUGGCUGCGGAAUCAAGGUAACCUACCGCAGCCUCGGGCCGGGCAUGGCCCAACAGAUCCAGUCGCAGUGCGGCGAGUGUCGGGGCGAGGGCGAGGUCAUCAAGGAAAAGGAUCGGUGCCCGGGGUGCCACGGCAAAAAGGUGUGCAAUGAGACGAAGAUCCUCGAGGUGCAUGUCGACAAGGGUAUGCGGGACAGCCAAAAGAUCUACUUCAGGGGCGAAGGCGACCAGCAGCCAGACGUGAGGGCGGGCGACGUCGUCAUCGUCCUGCAGCAGAAGCCCCACGAGAGGUUCGAGCGGAAUGGCAACAACCUAUACGUGAAGCACACGAUCUCGCUGACGGACGCGUUGUGCGGCUUCAAUUUUGUCAUCACGCACCUCGACAAGCGCAAGCUGCUCAUACGUCAUCCCGCCGGCGAGGUGAUCAAACCCGGUGACGUCAAGACAGUCGCGGGGGAGGGAAUGCCGAUCCAUAAGAACCCCUUCGAGAAGGGGAACCUCUACGUUACGUUCAACGUCAAGUUUCCCGAGAAGCACUUCGCCCCCGAACCCGUACUCAGAAAAUUGGAAGCGCUGUUGCCGGCUCGACCCGUUUUUACUAUGCCCGAGGGAGAACACGUGGAGGAGGCGGACUUGGUCGACUAUGAUCCCAACGAGCGGGAUCACCACGGCCGCCAUAGGGGCGAGGCGUAUGCGAGCGACGACGACGAACACGCGGGCAUGCAGGGCAUGCAGUGCGUUCACCAGUAGGGUGGCGGGGCGCCGAAGGAGGAGCCUUCUUUCUAAACGAGGAUGGGACGAUCCCCGUCAACGCUGAGUGUACGUUUUCUUUUUUCUAGUUUUUAAUCCUUGGAAAUGUGUAAAAAAUAAAAUACGUUGGAAAA